GUAAUAAUCUUUUAUCUUUGGUUUCAGCACACUCCGUCCUUCACUUAAUAUCAUGAUUCUUUUCUGAACUCUGUGUUAUGGGAGACAGAAACCAGUCUUUGGAAGGGUUUCUAAAAGCUAGAAAUAUAGCAACAUUUCCUUUCUUUGAGAAAGAAGCUGGGGUUUGGUAAUAUACUUCUAUGCUGUAUUAAGGAGGAGGAGAGGCCUUGGAGUGUCAGUAUAAGAAAUUUUGUUUCUUUUCUCUGUUGCUUUUGGUAUUGUUCUCGCGUGAUUUUCUGUGAACUCUUCUUUCCUUAUUAGAAUUUCACAAAGUCAAUUUGGUAAGCAUAAUUUUUUAUAUUUAUUUGUGUAAAAGAGAAUUAGAGCCUACAUAUUGUAUUGUGCCAUCCUGCUAAUGUGCUUAGGAUAAUUUUACAUAUAAAUUUUGUAAUAUUUAUUAUUUGAUUAUGAAGGAAAGAAACAAGUGGGAUAAUUUGUUGUUUUUAAAAUUUCUUUCAGCAAUAUCUUCUCAUUCUACCCAACACUAUUUGCCAGAGCAGCAUUUAAAAUUUCCUUUACCAAAAGUGAUAAGAAGAAGAUAUGGAAGCUUCGGCCUUCAGAAUAUACAAUUUAAAAAUGACUGGGAAAGUGUGGGUGAGUGUAAGGAACAGAAAGGAUAUUACAAUGAAUGUAAUCAAUGUUUGACUACAUAUAGCAAAAUCUUCCAGUCUAAUGCAUGUUUGAAAGUCUUCAGGAAAAUGUUAAAUCAAAAUAGACAUAAGGUGGGACAUAGUGUAGAGAAAUUUUUAAAAUGUAAUGAAUGUGGGAAAGCCUGUAACCAAUACUCACACAUUACUCAACAUAAAAUAAUUUUUAAUACAAAAGACUAUUACAAAUUCAAAGAAUGUGGCAAAGUCUUUAAUCAGUGCUUUUACCUUACUAAACACAAGAGAGCUCAUACUGGAGAGAAAGCACACAAAUGUGAAGAAUGUGGCAAAGUCUUUUACAGGUACUCAGCCCUUUUGAUACAUAAAGUAAUUCAUGAAAGAGAGAAACCCUACAAGUGUGCCGAGUGUGGCAAAAAGUUUAAUCAUAUCUCAAGCCUCACUAAACACAAGAGAAUUCAUAGUGGAGAGAAAUCCUACAAAUGUGAAGAAUGUGGCAAAAUCUUUAAUUGGUCUUCAUGCUUUAAAAGACAUAAUAUAAUUCAUACUGGAGAGAAACCACACCAAUGUGAUGAGUGUGGCAAAGCUUUUAACUGUUGCUCAGAACUUAAAAGAUAUAAGAGAAUUCAUAAUGGAGAGAAACCUUACAAAUGUGAAGAAUGUGGAAAAGCUUUUAGCUGUUCCUCAAAACUUAAAACACAUAAGAGAAUUCAUACUGGAGAGAAACCGUACAAAUGUGAAGAAUGUGGAAAAGCUUUUAGCUGUUCCUCAAAACUUAAAACACAUAAGAGAAUUCAUACUGGAGAGAAACCGUACAAAUGUGAAGAAUGUGGCAAGGCUUUUAACUGUUCCUCAAAAGUGAAAAUACAUAGGAGAAUUCAUACUGGAGAGAAACCCUACAAAUGUGAAGAAUGUAGCAAAGCUUUUACCCAGAGCUCAACCCUUACUAAACAUAAAAGAAUUCAUACUGGAGAGAAACCGUACAAAUGUGAGGAAUGUGGUAAAUCCUUUAACUGGUCCUCAAUUCUCAUUGCACAUAAGGUAAUUCAUACUGGAGAGAAACCAUACAAAUGUGAGGAAUGUGGCAAAGCCUUUACCCAGAGCUCAACCCUUACUAAACAUAAAAGAAUUCAUACUGGAGAGCAACUGUACAAAUGUGAAGAAUGUGGAAAAGCUUUUACCUGUUCCUCAAAUCUUAAAAUACAUAAAAGAAUUCAUACUGGGGAGAAACCGUACAAAUGUGAAGAAUGUGGCAAAGCUUUUAACUGUUCCUCAAAAGUGAAAAUACAUAGGAGAAUUCAUACUGGAGAGAAACCAUACAAAUGUGAAGAAUGUGGCAAAGCCUUUACCCAGAGCUCAACCCUUACUAAACAUAAAAGAAUUCAUACUGGAGAGAAACCAUACAAAUGUGAGGAAUGUGGUAAAUCCUUUAUGUGCUCCUCAGUCUUCAUUGCGCAUAAGGUAAUUCAUUCCUGAGAGAAACUGUACAAAUGUUAAGAAUGUGGAAAAGCCUUUACCCAGAUCUUACACCUUAUUAGACAUACAAUAAUUCAUACUGUAUAUAAACCAUACAAAUGUAAAGAGUGUGGCAAAGCUUUUAGCUAUUCCUCAGACCUUAAAAGACAUAAGAGAAUUUGUACUGGAGAAAAACUGUAAAAUGGGAAGAAUGUGGCAAAGAUUUUAGCUGUCCCUCAAUACUUAAAAGACUUAAGAGAAUUCAUAUUGGAGAGAACCCUACACAUGUCAAUGUGGUAAAGCCUUUAACCAAUACUCACACUUUUCCAUACAUAGAAUUCAUACUGGAGAGAAGCCCUACAAAUGAGAACAAUUAGGGAAAGCUUUUUGUCUGCGUUCAUACCCUAGAAUGCAAAAAAGAAUUUACACUGGAGAGAAACUUUUCAAACAAAAAGAAUGUAUUAAUGCUUUACCUUAUGCUCUAAGUUUCUAUGCAUGAGCUAAUUUGACUGGAGAAAAUCCUUACAAAUGUGAACAAUGUGGGUAAGUCUGUAUCUAAUACUCACAUCUUUCUGUAUAUAAGAUAAUUCAUAUAGGA